GUGACGCGUGCGUGCGACCUUUGAACGGCAUUCGGACGACCAGGAGCAUGGCCGACUUGCAGGGCAAAGCCGUUUUGACCAUUGCUGUGCCCGAGGCCAAAGCCGACCAGAUCGAGGCCGAAAUUUUGCGCUUGCGUGCCGCAACUACCGAGGCUGGCAGCGUGCAGCUCGAGCAGUUUGAUCGCCUGGAGCAGGUGUUCUUGGCCCCGAGCAGCUAUGAUGUCAUCUUUUCGGGCCACAUUGCUCUCCCCGCCAAAAGCCAUGCCGACAGCGCCCUCGCCAAGCUGGCCGCGGCUCUCAAGCCCGGAGGCCGCCUCGCCCUGCGGGAAAGCCUCAACAGUCGAAACGAGACAGCCCUGCGCUCGGCUUUGACCAUGGGUGGGUUUGUUAAUGUGCAAGUCUCCACCUCGGAACACGCACUCGAAGCACAUGCCGACAAGCCAGUCUACGAAGUUGGCGCAGCUGCACCACUCAAGCUUAGCUUUGCCAAGAAGAAGCAGUCUGGCGCCGCAGCCCCCGCCGCACAGGUGGCUGAAGUUUGGACCAUUGCCACCGAUGAUUUUGACGACGACGAUUUGCUCGAGAAUGACGGCGAUGAAUUGCUUGACGCCGAGGACCUGGCCUUGGCCACAACUGCCCCCGAAGGUGACGAUUGUGAAGUCGGGGCUGGGGGCAAGCGUCGCGCUUGCAAAAACUGUACCUGCGGCCGGGCCGAUGCCGAGGCCGAACAAGCCGCCAAGCCCACCCUCACAGGACCUUUGCCCGCCUCGAGCUGUGGUAACUGCUAUCUGGGAGACGCCUUCCGAUGCGCUUCCUGUCCUUACCUGGGCAUGCCGGCGUUCAAGCCAGGCGAGAAGGUCACGCUGAGUGAUCGCCAGCUCAAGGCCGACGCUUAAACUCCUUUAGAACUUGGUUUUAUUAGUGUGCCUUUGACGCAGGUUCUGUUUUGUCUUUGUGCUGAUCGCCACCCUUGCAGUGGGCACUGCUGUUUGGCUUUUUGUCUUUUUUUUUCUUCUCGCCCUUUCGCUGGGCUCACCUCUCCCCUCCCAUCCCAGCUCUCUUCGAAUCAACAUGCAUGCCAUGCAAACUUUU